GAAUAAUAGAAGAGAAAUUUUCGUUCGCUGCCAAAGUUAUCUUCUGAGGGCAGAAACAUCUAAUAAUAAAAUACAAUUUUUUUUCUUUUUUCUCUUAACCUCAAACCUAAAUUCACAAAACCUCGGCCUCUCUUCACGCCGGGGAGAAAAUUAUCGAGAAUUAAAGGAAAGAAAGCGGAUGGCUCCGAUCAAAUCUGUAGAAGACCAUUGUGGCCUUAACCUUGACGAGAGCAUGAUUGGAAGCGCAAGCAGAAGCAAAAACCGCUAACAUACGACGCCGGUGUUUCCGGAAACAUACAACAGAUCAGGACGGCGAAGAUGGGUUCUGCUGAGGAUGAAUGGAACGGUGCCGGUGCGGCUGGAUCUAAACGCGGAUCCUACAGUUACAGUGUCGACGAGUACGCGGCGGGGAAAGAGAAUUGUAAGGCAGAGAAACCUAAAAAUCCACAUCCCAAGAAGAAGAAGAAGGAGAUUGUGAGGGCAGAAACACCUAACAAUCCACAACCCAGGAAGCCACAACCCAGGAAGCCACAACCCAGGAAGCCACAACCCAGGAAGCCACAACCCAAGAACAAGAAGGAGGAGAUUCUGAGGGCAGAAACACCUAUCAAUCCACAACCCAACAAGGAGGAAAUUGUGAGGGCAGAAACAUCUAAAAAUCCACAACCCAAGAACAAGAAGAAGAAGAAGAAGAAGAAGAUGAAGGAGGAGGAGACUGUGAGGGCAGAAACACCUAAGAAGGAGGAGGAGACUGUGAGAGCAGAAACACCUAAAAAUCCACAACCCAAGAAGGAGGCCGAGAAGAAGCCGAUAAUGUCUUUGUCCGAAGCUAUGGCAAAGAUAGACCAUUCAAGUCUUGCGGCUUUCCUCGCCGUAUCAUUGGAAUCGUAUUCGGAUGAGCCAGUGACUCAGCUAUUACGAUUUAUGGAUUACAUCGGGAGAGAACUUACCGAGGUGCAAUUUCCAUGGCUGGAGAUGUUUCCUUUUGAGGGUACUUGGCCCAAGCUUAUCGAUGUCAUGAAUGUUCCGUUGUGUGAUAUUCCUGAACCUAUCUCUAACACAUCAGUCAGUUGGAUCCUUCAAGUUCCAGUUAUGACACUCUCUGGCUUUGUAGUGUGGGCGUUUGGUUGUACUAUCACUCAUUUGGAAGCACAACAAAAAGGUGCCAAAUCUGGCAAGAUCGGUGAACAACCUACUUCUCCCAAACCUCAUAUGCCAAUAUUUGUUACAUUGGCAAUGGUAGUGCAUUGGAGACCUACAGCUUUGACUAAUGCGCUGUCGACUAUUAGGGAGAGGCGUUAUUUUCAAGGACAAGACAGGCUUCCGCUUACAGUUUGGAUGAUGGCUGUGGCCUCCCAGCGUCAUUUAAGUGCAGGCUUGUUUUCAUGGGCGCGCAACUUGUUACCAGUAGUGGGUAAUACGAGCUGCAACCAUCAGUCAGCCGAUCUUAUCCUUCAGUUGGUUGAGUAUAUUGUGGCGCAUCCAAUGGCUUGGACGAUACGUAGGAAUCAAGCUGAUAGGUUGCAUGAGCGAGUGAUUCCGCCUCCUUCAUUUGAGAUCUUGCUGCGGCUUACAUUCCCUGCUUCAUCUGCAAGAGUAAAAGCUACAGAGAGGUUUGAGGCAGUUUAUCCCUCGCUGAAAGAAGUGGCUCUUACCAGUGCACCAGGAAGCAAGGCAAUGGAACCAGUCAUUCAACAGAUAUUCUCUUUGUCUUCGAAACUUGCUGGAGAAGGAAAUCCUGCUUUAGCCAAGGAAGCUACAGCAAUAGCUAUAUGGUGUGUCACCGAAAACGUUGAUUGCUGCAAGCACUGGGACAGUCUCUAUACGAAGAAUAUAGAAGCUAGUGUUGCUCUUCUUAAAAAGGCUGUGGACGAAUGGAAGGAUCAUUCCCUCAAACUAUUAUCAGCGAGAAAUAUUUUCACUCUCGCUGAAACUAUGAAGAGCUUCAGGCUGAAAAACGAAAAAGCCAUCACUGAAGGAGGAGCGAAUGCUUCUCUUUACAAAGAAGCUGACAAGUCCUGCAAAUUUAUCUCGCGGAGAAUCUCCCAUGUAUGGUUCAAACAUUACUGCCUCGAAGCGUUUGCUGUGGUUGUAGCUGUAGCUGCCGUAGUAGCGUUUGCUGUAGUUGUAGCUGCUGCAGUUUUUCUAUUUUUCCACCCGGAGCUUAGGGACCUCUGGUGAACUCAUUGGAUCUGCAGCUAUACGUCAAUGCAAUCACCACAGCAUUAAACAACUAAGAGAGAAACAUCUGAUACUCGGCUUUUUUGUGAUUGUCUAUAUAAGUUGUUUUAACAUCUUUCUAAAAACAAAAUAUUUAAAAGUAGUUUGCCUUUUGAUUUCGAUGAACUGAGAUCCUACGAUAUAGUAAUUUUCACGACCCGGUUCGAGAUGUAAUGAAGGAUGGUUUUUAAGACAACUUCUUGUUGAUCAUGUUAAUGAUUUAUAGUGGUUCACCUUCAA